UCUAAUAAGUAAUAACCACUCCAUAUCUCGUAUAUAUAUAUAGACAAUUAGGCAUCUUUCAUUUUAUCCCACACUUAUCUCUCUCUCUCUUUCAAAACCCAAAACUAGUACACAAACGAAGUGUAUAUACACAAAAAAUUCUCUCAAUCUCUCAUCUUUCGCCACGUAGACAUGGACGUCGGCCACAUCAAUAGACCAACGGUGGAUAUCCUGCCGAGAAAGCUUCUCUCCUCCGCCAAGUCUCCGUCGUCGGUUUCAAGUCCCCUUCGCGACUAUAAAGACCAAAGAGACUAUUCUUACGACUCUGACUCGGAAGAUCCUUACGCCGGGGACCAUUUUAGGAUGUACGAAUUCAAGAUCCGACGGUGCACACGUAGCCGUAGCCAUGAUUGGACUGACUGUCCUUUCUCUCAUCCUGGUGAAAAGGCUCGUCGUCGUGACCCUCGCCGGUUUCACUACAUCGGCGAAGUAUGCCCUGAGUAUAGUCGCCAAGGCGGCGGUGAUUGUAGCCGUGGUGACCAAUGCGGCUUUGCGCAUGGUGUUUUUGAGUGUUGGCUUCACCCUAGUCGUUACCGUACGGAAGCUUGCAAAGACGGUAAGCAUUGUAAGAGAAAAGUAUGUUUCUUUGCUCAUUCUCCACGUCAGCUUAGAAUUCUUCUGCCGUCGUCGCCGGAGAAUUAUAUCUCCGGUGGUUGCGGUGGAUCGGCGUCGUCAUCUCCCGCGUCGGUGUUAAGUAAUAAAAAUAACCGGUGUUGCUUGUUUUGUUCACACUCUCCGACGAGCACCCUUUUGGGGUUGUCAAGAUCACCGUCUUCGUCUCCACCGUUGUCACCGGCUGAUAAAGCCGCUGCGUUUUCACGGCUGAGCCGCCGUCGCACCGCCGUGCUAAACGAGUUGAUUAGUUCUUUAGAUUCCUUCAGUCUCACGGAAGCACUCGCGGCUUCCUCGUCGUCUCCGGUUACCAUGCCAGUUUCCACGGCGGCGAUGAUCGCCUCAGCGAAUCUAAGCAACCACCACCAGCACCGUAUUCCGCCGUGGCUUGAUGUCGGAGAGAGAGAUCUCCAAUUGCAGCAAGGCAGUCCUUUACAAUUUGCUCUUUCACCUUCUUCUACUCCAAGUUACCUCCAUAGCCAGCCGUCAUCGAGCUUCUUCAGCGAUGGAUUAACACCACACGGUGGUCGUUUAAGCGAUCUCACGGCGGCUUCAGCUGCGGCGGCCGAAGCUAAGGGUAAGAAUAGCUUUGAAGUUGGUUCUAGUGGCGAUCUUGAUCUCGGAUGGGUGAACGAUCUUUUGACAUGAACAAUGUGACGUCAAGGCUGAACCAUCGGGGAUCUUUCCCGACGGCAAGAAUUAUACGGCGGCGGAGUUCCGUCGUGGUACAUUGUUUAUGAAAUAUUUGUUAACUUUUACGAUUUUUUCCAUGAGAGCUAAUUAAGAGUCUGUACUAUGUCGUGCUUUAAAAAUAUUACUUUCUUCUGAGUUAUUAUUUGUUAAAUAGUAACUUCUAUUGCCAUAAUUGAUCUCUUGGAACUUGUAUUUCUUCUAUAUUUUGGAUCGAACUCCUAUGUAAUGUUUACUUCAAAAUAUUCUGUUUAAUAAAAAACUUUGUAAUUAUAUA